AUGGAUGAAAUAUAAAAUUAUUGUUUUAUAUAAAAAUUCUCUUUAUAUAUUUAUUUGAAAUAGUUAAUAAGUAAUAUUUCGAUUAUUAGAAAAGUUGAGCAUAUCGCAGCAGAAUCCGGAAGUAGAGUGAAUCAUUGAAGCAACUUGUGAGAGCUGUGAUCUACACCAACUUUUACACUAAUCGCAUGGUCUAGUACUACCAAAAGACAAAUCAAUAUGCAGGACCCUAAUGCUGAUACUGAAUGGAAUGAUGUGUUGCGGUCUAAAGGAAUCCUUCCUCCCAAACAGGAGAAGGAAAUCACAGAAGAUGACAUUGUUGGCAUGUUGGAACAGUCCAUUGCAGACAAAAGUAGAGAGAAAACAUUUGAUGAGAUGAAUGCAGAUGAACUUGAUGAGAUGGAAGAUGAGAUUGAUGAGGAAGAGGAAAGACUAUUUGAAGAAUACAGGCGAAAGAGAAUACUUGAAAUGCAGGCAUCGCAGGCCAAGGCAAGAUUUGGAGAUGUCAGGGAGAUUUCAAGGCAAGAUUAUGUGGAUGAAGUCAAUAAGGCAGGAGAGGGGGUCUGGGUGGUACUACAUAUAUACAAAGAUGGUAUACCCCUUUGUAGUCUGAUUAAUCAACACUUGACAAACUUAGCAAGAAAAUUUCCAGCGACCAAAUUCUUACGUAGUGUCUCAACUGUAUGUAUUCCUAACUACCCGGAUAAGAACCUUCCUACAAUAUUUGUCUAUUUCCAAGACAAGAUGAUGAAACAAUGGAUAGGACCACUAGAAUUUGGAGGAACAAAAUUAUCUCAGGAUGAGCUUGAAUGGAAGCUAGGUCAAAGUGGAGCUAUACAAACAGAAAUUAAAGAAUGUCCAAGGCAGGGAGUUAAAGACAUGAUGGGCGUAGCUGUGCAAAAUAGUGCAAUAGACAAUGAUGAUAGUGAUAAUGACUGGUGAUAAUAUACAUCAGAUUUGUUUUGUGUGUCUCCUUUCAUCAUGAGUUUUCAUAAUAUGUCAGUCAGUCAGUCAACCUCUCAUGGAUUCAUAUUUUUGAGACACUUUAUCAUACAGACCAAUGGAAUUACAGGUCUGAGGUAGUCUUGUAUCAAGUUGCUGUUCCCUGAUUAUCCAUUUCCCUGUCCAGAAGAUGUUUAGGGUUUAUUUCAAUCGGAUUUAGUGCUUGAUUCAAGCCUGUGCAUGAGGAUGAUUGAAAUAUACAGUGCCCCUUGCAAGUUGCAUCAUCACAUCAUCUUCAACACAAUCGGACAAUAAGCCAAUGAUGUAUAAUUGUAUCCUUAAAUGCUCAAAAAAUAUAAUAUGAGUUAUAAAGAGAGUGUAUCGGCUCAGCCAGGCAAGUGCUUCCCGAAAUUUUCAGAAAGUAAGAAUACGAACAUUUUUCAAUUGACAACAUGAAAAUGAGUUAAUAAUCAGAUAAUAGUGGUCUAUUAUCCUGUUUUUUUACCUCGCCUAUCUGAGAUUCUGGCUAUGCCCCUGAUAGUAUUUUAAAUGUUGACUA